UGAGAAGCAAGGACUCUUUCCAGUCUUCCUGUUCUUGGAUCCACUUCUCAACUUCCUUCUGAUCCCAGCGAUUUCCAGUUCCCGUAACAAAAGGAGCCAAGGAAAGGGGAGAGAAGGCGCAGCCAAAGCCCGUCAGGCCCGCCUUGUACGGGCCUGCUGCCAGCCUCCCCCCCCCCCCCGGGCGCCAGCAGCCAGGUUACAUAACGGGCCCCGCGGCUCGCUCUCGCGAGAUUUCCGCCGCCCCCGCCUCGGUCCACGUCAGAGGCAACCGGGCGGAGCGGCCAACAUGGCGGAACGCAGGCGACACAAGAAGCGGAUUCAGGAAGUUGGUGAACCAUCUAAAGAAGAGAAGGCUGUAGCCAAGUUUCUUCGAUUCAACUGUCCAACAAAGUCCACCAAUAUGAUGGGUCACCGGGUUGAUUAUUUUAUUGCUUCAAAAGCAGUGGAUUGCCUUUUGGAUUCAAAGUGGGCAAAAGCCAAGAAAGGAGAGGAAGCUUUAUUUACAACGAGGGAGUCUGUGGUUGACUACUGCAACAGGCUUUUAAAGAAGCAGUUUUUUCAUCGGGCAUUAAAAGUAAUGAAAGUGAAGUAUGAGAAAGACGUAAAAAAAGAAAAAGAAAAAGGAAAAGCUGAAAGUGGAAAAGAAGAAGAUAAAAAGAGCAAGAAAGAAAACCUAAAGGAUGAAAAGACAAAAAAGGAAAAAGAAAAAAAAAAAGAUGGUGAAAAGGAAGAAUCCAAAAAGGAGGAAACUCCUGGAACUCCCAAAAAGAAGGAAACUAAGAAAAAAUUCAAGCUUGAACCACAUGAUGAUCAAGUUUUCCUGGAUGGAAAUGAGGUAUUUGUGUGGAUCUAUGACCCAGUUCACUUCAAAACAUUUGUCAUGGGAUUAAUUCUUGUGAUUGCAGUUAUAGCAGCCACCCUCUUCCCUCUUUGGCCAGCAGAAAUGAGAGUAGGUGUUUAUUACCUCAGUGUGGGUGCAGGCUGUUUUGUAGCCAGCAUUCUUCUCCUUGCUGUUGCUCGUUGCAUUCUGUUUCUCAUCAUUUGGCUCAUAACUGGAGGAAGGCACCAUUUUUGGUUCUUGCCAAAUCUGACUGCUGACGUGGGCUUCAUUGACUCCUUCAGACCUCUGUACACACAUGAAUAUAAAGGACCAAAAGCAGACUUAAAGAAAGAUGAGAAAUCUGAAACCAAAAAGCAGCAGAAGUCCGACAGUGAGGAAAAGUCAGACAGUGAGAAAAAGGAAGACGAGGAGGGAAAAGCAGGACCAGGAAAUCAUGGAACAGAAGGCUCAGGUGGAGAACGGCAUUCAGACACAGACAGUGACAGGAGGGAAGAUGACCGAUCCCAACACAGUAGUGGAAAUGGGAAUGAUUUUGAAAUGAUCACAAAAGAGGAACUGGAACAGCAAACAGAUGGGGAUUGUGAAGAGGAAGAAGACGACGACAAUGAUGGAGAAACAGCUAAAUCUUCACAUGAAAAGUCAUAAUCUGACUAAUUUGGAGACUAAAUAAGUGCAAGAGGUUGGAUUUUCUAUGUUGGCUGAUCAUCAUAACGUACACGUGACAUUUGUAGCAUUCUUUAACUCCAUUUACUGAAAUGGAUUUGACAUCCAAGCAGUUAUAUUCAGUCCUUCAUUUCAUGUAAUACUAUUAUUGGUACAGUCUAAAGCCAUUUAUAAGUUUUAUCUAUUUGAUAAUUUUACAGUAAAUAGGUCUCAUUUAUUUUGAUAGUUAUCAAAGAUGCACUUUCCACAGUGACAUUUAGGUUAAUGGCAUUUUUUGAUAGUUGUAUGGCUUUUUACUGUUAGACUAAUCAAAAUAACUAAAAGGGAUAAAAACAAACACCAACAUUGCAGAUUAUACAAAGUUAUCUAGCCAUUUUACAGUUUCUUGGGAUGCUUAAACUCAUUGUUCUUGAUAGUUUAGCUUCUGUUGAUUAUAAAAUUAUACCAGAAAAUUUCCAAGAUUCUGAGUUAGCAGGGUUCAAAAGCAUUUUGUGGAAACAAGCCAACUAGUAAUAAUGCAGCAACACUUUUAGUUUAGCUACACAUUCUCCUUUUCCAACUUAGGAAAUCCAAACUGAUUUGUACACCUGAUUCAGAGUAAGAUGGUCAUCUCCAACAGAGGAAGCAAGCAGCAUUUGGUUGGAAGGCGAUGGCUCUUCUUCCCGUUUCCUUGUCGUAAAGUAAAAUGUAUUCUGUACAUAAUUUACAAAUAAACAUUUUAUUUUAAUUGUUACUUAUUGUUUAGACAUUUUCUCAACACUUAAAUUUGUAAAAUUAAGACCAUUUAAGGGUAUGUUUUUAGAGAAAUGGAAGUUUCAAUAACCCACAAGACAUCUGUGAUCUUUCUACAGCAGCUUCAGUUUUGUGCCAACAUUCCAUGUAUUUGAAUAUGAGUUAAAACAAUCCUUAUUAAAUAAGAGCAGACUUUAAGUAGCUGUUUGUACGCCUUAAUGUUCAUUUUGAUUUACCUUAAAUCUCUGCAUUCAGAAAUGGGGUGCUGUAUUAUCAGACCAGGAGGACUGCUAUGAAAGAUAAUUUACUGUUCUAAAAUAUCAAUUUAAAAUAAAGAACAUAAAACAGAAGAGAACCAUUGGACUCUAAUUGCUUUAAACUAGUUUUGCAGUUUGAUUUCAUGUCUUGCAAACCUUAGUUACAAAUCUUCAGGGAAAAUCGUGUGUUUACUUAUGAGCAUAAUCAUUCCUUGGAGCUACAUACGCACUUAUAAAAUGAUAAUGAAUGUUAAAUCAUUUCCUUCAGAGAGCAUUUUGCUUUGUAGUUGAAAUGGGUGGUGUGUAUAGGUCUUCAUUUUUCUCUAGGCUGUUUCCCAUCUAAGUGUCAGACUAAAGAUGUUCAGUUUUUCUAAUUGUGAAAAAAUACACUUUCUGUAUACUGACA